UUCAGAAUUAUCUAUACUUCAACUUUCUGUAGUGGAAACUCACUGCUAUACAACAUUCUGUAGUUGGAAGUUGAUGAUGAGAUGCCGAAUAUUCUGCUGCUGACUAUGUAAAUAAUAAAAAAAAACUGAGUGAAGACAGAAGAGUUGGAAAGAGACAUACUAAACAGAACAAUUUUAGAUUGCACGAACUUCAAUCUUCCCAGAACAAGUUCUCAGGCAGCCAUAAAGUGAAGGACAAGAGAGGGAGUGGACAAAAGGGUUCAUACGCUAAUCAGCCUGUCUCAUUUGUAUCAAGUGGCAUGAUCCAUUCCGAGAGUGUACCUGUUACAGUUGUUGAGGCUGAAGAGACUUAUAGGAAGGGUGUCACUAACUCUGCCAAUAUAGGAUCAUUUGAAGAACAUACUACUGGUUUUGGUUCAAAAAUGAUGGCUAAAAUGGGGUACAUGGAGGGAGGAGGACUGGGGAAAAAUGGUCAAGGCAUGGCACAACCUAUUGAGGUUAUUCAAAGGCCUAAAUCACUUGGUUUUAGUGUAGAAUUCUCCAACAACGCAGGUGAGCCAGCUGUGAAGAUAUCUUUAAGAGUUGGUGCUGAAUCACUUGGUUUGGAUGUAGAAUUGUCCAAAAACCAAGGUGAAUUAGCUAGGAACAGAUCUUCAAGAGUUGGUGCUUUUGAAAAACAUACCAAAGGCUUUGGAUCUAAGAUAAUGGCAAAGAUGGGCUUUGUUGAAGGUAAGGGAUUAUCAUAAGACAUCACCACUCCACUGACUGCUCUUAGAUUACCAAAAUCACGAGGACUAGGUGUCAAAAGUUGAUUUAGACAUAUAAUUUCUUUUUUGUGUUUGUAUAUAAUUGUACUGUGUGUUGCAUUAAACCUUAUGAUUCUGCCUUGUAAUUUAGAUUUACUA